AUGUACACGAACUUACGCCUCGUUCAGCGUCUGUACCGUCGUAACGUUAAAACGCAAGCUUCUAAACGGCUCCUCCUCGCGACUUCCGAGCCACGGAAGUGUUUCAAGCGCGUAAAGCACGACGGCUAUGAUAGAUUCAACAACUUGCUCAACACGAGCAACAGCCAGUACUUGGAGUACAUCUAUCGGCAGUGGCUGAAGGACCCAACGUCCGUGAGCCCUUCGUGGAGCCUGUUCUUCGACUUCGUCUACGGGGACAAACCGUCUGUGUCGACGAUCGCGAAACCUCCGACUGCUCGCGUCGAAUCAUCACCUUCGGUCGUACCGUCUAACUUAACGACCCCGCAGACAGCAUCGUCGGAUUUCCCCCAGCAGAGCUUGAGACAAAAAUCGGACAGCGAGCUGCAAGGUGAUCAAUUUAUAAGCGGGGCAUUGGACAUCAACGCUACGAUUAGAGCUUAUCAGGCACGUGGUCAUUUGAUAGCCGACAUUGAUCCGUUGGGUAUACAGAAUCCGGAAUCUCAUAAGCUUCAAGGAACUCCGAAUUUGCCACCAGCGAUCGUCGUACGAGAACAUUUAAAGGGCAUGACGGAAGCUGACAUGAACAAAGAGUUUCCGCUUGCACCGUUCACCGUAAUCGGCGGCCCUAAACGAAGUCUUCCCUUGCGCGAUAUACUAACUAGGUUGAACGAAGUUUACUGCGGACAUUUGGGUCUCGAGUACACUUACAUUCACGACAACGGGAUGUUAGACUGGCUGAGGGAAAAGUUCGAGGUCCCCGGCGCUUGGGAGCUGCCUGAGCAACACAGAAAGUUUAUUUGGAUGGAUAUCAUGAGAGCAGUAACGUUCGAAGGGUUUCUAGCCAGGAAGUAUCCCACAGAGAAGAGGUUUGGCCUAGAGGGUUGCGAGUCUUUCAUUCCAUCGAUGGUGGAAUGCUUAGAAAUCUCGGCCGAAAAAGGGGUAGAAAGUUUUGCGAUAGGCAUGGCUCAUCGUGGUCGACUGAACACCUUGAUCAACGUUUGCUCGAAACCGCUGCACCAAUUGCUCACUCAAUUCAAUCCGAUUCCUUUGGAGGGUUUUGGUUCCGGUGAUGUGAAGUACCAUUUAGGAAUGCACACAGAGAAAAUACUAGAGAGAAGCAACAAAAAGAUUCUAUGCGCCGUAAUGGCUAAUCCUUCGCAUUUGGAAGCGAUCGAUCCAGUGAUUGUUGGUCGCAUUCGUGCAGAACAAGUGGAGAAAAACGAUGCCAAGCUGGGUAAGAAAUCACUAGCUAUUUUGGUUCACGGCGAUGCUGCAUUUUCGGGCCAAGGUAUUGUUUACGAAACCAUGCAUCUAACGGAUCUACCAGAGUACACAACCGGUGGUGUUAUGCACGUCGUUAUUAACAAUCAGAUUGGUUUCACUACCGAUCCGAGGUACUCCAGAUCCAGCGCGCAUUGUACCGAUGUAGCACGUGUUGUGAACGCUCCUAUAUUCCACAUACACGGCGAUAACCCCGACUUGGUGGCCUACUGCAGUAAAGUUGCCAGCGAAUAUAGAGCAGAAUUCCACAAUGACGUCGUCAUAGACGUCGUAGGAUAUCGACGAUUCGGCCACAACGAACUGGACGAACCAAUGCUCACUCAACCCUUGAUGUACAAGCGUAUAAAGGAACACCCGAACGUGCUCACUAUUUACAGCGACAAACUCUUGAAGGAGGGAGUGAUUACGGAGGCGUUCGCCCAAGAAGAAAUACAGAAGUAUUGGAACCACUGCGAGUCAGAAUUCGCGAAAGCGCAGGAGAUAGACUCGAUGAAUAUGAGCGACUGGCACGACGUACCGUGGUCCGAGUUUUUCGCUAGUCAAAGUCCACAGGCUCGCAUACCGCCAACUGGUAUCGAUACAGAAACGAUCAAGACGAUUUGCAAAGCCAUAUCUACGCCUCCUAAAGAUAUCGAGUCGCACGGUCAAGUGUUGAGGGUAAUGGACAAACGAGCACAGCUGAUGGAAGCUCGCAAGGCGGACUGGGCGAUGGGUGAAUGUCUAGCGUUUCUCAGUUUGCUGAAAGAAGGUCACCACGUGAGAUUAUCCGGCGAGGAUGUCGAGCGAGGUACUUUCUCGCACCGCAUACACAUCAUCCACGAUCAGAGCAGGGACAAAGUCUACAAAAAUAUUCUCCACGACGUGUUCCCCGGACAAGCUCUAUACACCGUAUCGAACUCUUCGUUAUCGGAGUACGGUGUCUGCGGAUUCGAGUUAGGGUACUCGGCCUAUAAUCAUAAUACGUUGACAAUAUGGGAAGCUCAGUUUGGUGAUUUCGCGAACACUUGUCAGGUUACUCUAGAUACUCUUCUCUGUUCCGGGCAAUCGAAAUGGGGUAGGCAAGUCGGAUUGGUACUCCUUCUGCCGCAUGGAAUGGAAGGUCAAGGACCGGAGCAUUCGUCCGCGAGGCUCGAACGAUGUCUUCAAUUGUGCGACGAUGAUUGGACUCAUAUCCCGGGCACGGAGCCAGGAGCUCCGCAAGGGGAAACCCCGGAACAGAUCAUGACACGGCAGCUGUUUGAGAUAAACUGGAUUGUUUGCAACUUGACCACUCCAGCGAACUUAUUCCACGCUCUGCGGCGUCAAAUCCAUAUGCCGUUUCGAAAACCACUGGUUGUAAUGUCACCUAAAUCCCUGCUCCGUCAUCCAAUGGCUUUAUCUUCUUUCGAAGAAAUGGAACCUGAUACUUCGUUCAAGCCUGUUAUCUCAGACUCGCUCGUCAAGUCGGGCAACGUACAGAAGAUAUUACUUUGCAGCGGGAAGGUGUUUUACGAUCUGGUAACAGAACGCCAAGAGAAACAAAUGGAAGAUAAAAUAGCGAUAAUUCGUAUCGAACAACUGUGCCCGUUCCCGUAUCAUUUUCUCAAACAGGAAGUAGAGAAAUACCCGAACGCUAAGAUCAUGUGGUUGCAAGAAGAUCACAAAAAUCAGGGCGCCUAUCUCUACGUGAGGGACAGGAUAGCUCUAGCUCUGGGACUUCGUCUAGAAGACGUUAUGUAUGGUGGUCGACCACCGUCAGCUGCUCCAUCAACUGGCAGCAAAAUUAUUCACGCAAACGAGUACAGCGAUCUGAUGUCGGUCGCUAUGAAACUUGACUGAU